AUGGGACCUGAGAAGACCUCGUUCUUCCAGGCUUUGCAGAUUCCUACCAAGAUCGCCAGGGGUACCAUCGAAAUCCUGAAUGAGGUGCAUCUGAUCAAAGUCGGCGAGAAGGUCGGCGCUUCCGAAGCCGCUCUGCUCAACAUGCUUGGCGUCACACCGUUCUCAUACGGUCUUGUGGUGCUGCAAGUUUACGACAACGGUACCAUCUACUCACCCGAAGUGCUCGACAUGACCACCGACGAACUGCGCAAGCGCUUCCUGGCUGGAGUUCGCAACGUUGCAGCCGUCUCACUUGCCAUCAAGUACCCGACCAUGGUGUCG